GCUUCGCUGUCAAAAAAAUCGGAAAAAUCUUGACGAGAGUAUUUCAUCCACGGAGGUAGCAAAAAAUUAUUUUCCAUUAAAUUCCGUUAAAAGAGCAUAAUUUGCCCCAGAUCAACUUCCAAAGUAUCACCGACAACAUGGCAGAAGACAACUCCUGGAAAACGCCCAGCUUCCGGCAAAGUGUGGUGAACAAAAUAAACGAAGCCAUUCAGCAAUCGGGAAUGACUUCGAGUAAGAAUGGGCUGGAAAUGGAGAAUCAUGUCUUCCAGAAGGCGCGCAACAAGGACGAAUAUCUAGGCUACGUGGCGAGGCUAAUUCUGCAUGUCCGGGAGAUGAAUACGAAGAACAAAAAUCAACAAAACCCCGCUGGAGGAUCUCAAGAUGGUGGAAAUCCCAAUCAGCAAGGCGGAAUGCCUGAUCCGAUAAACGCUUUGCAAACGCUGGCCACGCAGGGAACCCGGCCGCAAAUGAUGGGAGGACAGAUGGGACCGGGAGGUCCGAUGGGGAACCAGAUGGGUGGCGGAAAUGCGUCCAAUUUGUUGAAUACUCUGAACCGGCCCCAGAUGCCCAUGACCGGAGGAAUGGCGAAUAUGCAAGGUCGAGUCGGAACCAUGGGAGGACCGAAUCAAAUGGGCGGAAUGAUGCCGGGACAGAUGCCCCAAGGGAUGCCGGGAAUGCCGAACCAAAUGGGAGGAGCUAUGGGACCCGGGGGAAUGAGCGGUGGAAAGAUUGUCGGUCAAAUGAAUCCCAUGGGCCAAAUGAACCCGAUGCAAAUGGGAGUAAGUGGAAUGCCACAAGGCGCAGGGCAACAGCAGCCUCAACAACCACAGGGACAGCAAGGAGGACCAGGUGGGCCAAACCAGAUGAAUCCGAUGGGAGGAAUGGGAAUGCAAGUUAAUCCGGGAGGGCACAUGAAUCAAAACGCAAUCAAUCAACAGAUGAACCAAGUAGGGAUGAGCUCAGGAGGUAAUCAGAUGGGUAAUUUGGGCGGAAACAGCCCAAUGAAUCCUGGCAACAUGGGAAUCGCUCCCAAUCAGGUAAUCCGCCAGCAAAUGCCACCGGGAAUGAAUCCCAAUCAGCAGCAACUCGGAAUGGCAGGAGGGCAAAUGAAUCAGAUGAAUCAAGGUGUCGGUGGACCUGGAGGAAACCUAGGACCGGUUCAACAACAGCAGCAACCGGGACAGGUCGGAAUGGCUGGUAUGGGACCGGGAGGCCCAGGCAACUUACAACAGCAAAACAAUCCCCAACAGCAAUCUCAGGGAGGUCCCAACGCUGCUCCUGGUCAAAUGAAUCAAGUCGGAGGCCCUGGCGGUAAUAUGCAGGCUAUGGGCAAUCAAGGAAACUUCGUUCCAAUCGGAGCCAAUCCCAUGGUACGAAAACAGGAUAUGAUGAGUGGAGGACAAGUGUAUCCCGGAGGAGUGGUUCGUAGUGUAACUCCCAAUCAGUUCCUACGUCAAUCGCCGUCACCGUCAGUCCCAUCUCCAGCUGGUCCCGGCUCAAUCGGACCGCAAUCUCAUCCAGGACAAAUGAUUCCAAGCCCAGCUCUCAUCCCAUCACCGAGCCCUCAGGUGAGCAGCAAUAUACCCGCUCCAAGAAACAUCGGACAAUCUCCUGGCCAAAGUUUGAACACUCCAGGACAAGCUGCAGCUCCUAGUCCACUCAAUCCACAGGAGGAACAUCUCUACAAAGAAAAAUAUCGCUCCCUCCAGAAGUACAUUGAACCUCUGAAGCGAAUGAUUGCCAAAAUGGAGCACGACGAUGUCGACAAGAUGGGAAAAAUGAAACGUCUGUUGGACAUUCUGUGCAACCCGACUUGCCGCAUUCCUUUGGAAACACUCUACAAAUGCGAAGCUGCCCUAACGAGCCAACUGGGAACGAUCCGCGAGCCUCCGCUCAACAAUCCACUGGUGGAAGCAGUUUCAGCCAACUUGCAAAGCCCUCUGGGAAACCACACUCUCCAGCGCACCUUCCGCCCAUGCUUGGAAGCUCUUUUCGGUCCGGAUAUCAAAAAUCUACCAACACCAGCCAAGCAGCCGCGUUUGGCCAUCGACGAACCGUCAACUUCCGGAUCAACCGGAAGUCAGGAGAUCCCUCACAUCUUGCAGGGCGAAAUCGCUCGCCUGGAUCAGAAGUUCAAGGUAUCGCUCGAUCCGUGCGCCAUCGGUGACACCAAAACCAUCAAACUGAUCUGUUGGUUGGAUGAUAAGCAUCUGCCGUGUGUUCCGCCGGUAGCCGUUACCAUCCCGGAGGAGUACCCAUUCACAUCGCCCAGCUGCUCGCUGAUCGAGCAGGAGUACAAUGCCACACCGUUCCUGAUACAGGUGCAGAAAUCGUUCCUGGCAAGGAUCUGCAAGCUGCCGGAGAUGUUCUCGCUGUCGCACCUGUUGGACACGUGGGAGAUGUCCGUCCGGCAGGCCUGUUCGCCGAAUCCGAGCUUGGUGGCCCCGAGUGCCACCAGCGUGUUGCUGGGAAUGUAAGGCGAGGUAUGUAUGAGCGUGGAACAUGAUUUUGAUUAGCUAUUUCAUUAUCAUUUUAUAUGCAUAAAGUAUUCGAAAAAUAUGACACAUUAACCAG